AUGAUACUUAGCGGACGCGAAGUCGUGGCCCGUAACAUGGUGCGCAACUUACAACAUGUCGCACAACAGCGACAGCCAUGCGGUGUCGACCUUAGCCUACGCCUGGUUUCCCAAUGGUCCUCAGCGGCUAGCAUUGACUUCGAUAAUACCAAUCGCCAGGCAGCCCAAACUUCUAGCCUGCCUUUCGACAAUACCAGUCACGCAAUCACCCUGAAACCUGGAGCAUAUUUAAUUGAUUUUAACGAAAUUGUUCAUGUGCCACGAAAUUGUAUGGGAAGUCUUUUUCCUAGAUCGUCACUCUGGCGGUCUGGUGUUGGGAUUGCUGCUGGGGUGGUCGACGCUGGAUACGAAGGUGCCAUGGGAGCCUUGCUGGAGGAAUUGGGGGAAACUGUUGAGGGAUACAAUGGUAUCUACCAAUCCUCGACGAGCAGUGCUGGGCGCGACGGGGCGUCUAGUUAG